CCAGCCGGAGUCAUGUCGUCCCCCGAGCUGAGAUAUAAUCGCUCUUCGAUGACUAACACGUUCCCUUUGGGGCAGAAGCUGCCAAGCGGCUUCUCCAGUGUCUCCUUCUUCCUCCAGCAGCUCUUCCACAAUGAUCCUUCGCUGGGUUUAGGCUUCGACGAAGACGAGGAAGCCGAGGAGGAGGACAACGUGGAGGCUGAGGAGGAAUCCUCCGAGUCUGAAGAGGAGAUGCCCGUGGUGGAGAAUGAGUUUGAUGGAGUCCUCAGAGAAGAAGCAGUGGCCGAAGCACUCUGUAAAUUGGGCCGCUCAGGUCCUGGAACUGAGCAAGUCUACCUCAACCUAUCAUUACCAAACUCUGACUUAAUAGAUGUUUCCAUUCUUUGUGGAUAUUCUCACCUAGAGAACUUGGAACUGUCACACAAUAAAAUUAAUGAUCUGAGCUGUGUUAGUCACAUGCCUUAUCUCAUAGAACUCAAUGCUUCUCACAAUGAGUUGACUACUUUCUUCGGUUUCAAGCCACCUAAGAAUCUCAAGAAGGUGGAUUUUUCAUACAACAAAAUCCCGGAAAUGAAUGAUUUGCAUGCAUAUCCAGGGCUCAGUAAACUAAUACUGGAUAAUAAUGAAAUAAAAAAUAUCAAAGGACUAGAGAAUUGUAGAAGUCUAACUCAUCUUAGCUUGGCCAACAACACAAUCACUAAAAUGGAGGGCUUAUGCAAUUUACCAAUCAAAAUACUCUGUCUGAGCAAUAACCAGAUCGAGGAGAUAACUUGCUUGGACAACCUGAAAACACUGCAGAACUUGGAUUUAUCUGGAAAUAAAAUCAGUAGCUUACAAGGCAUAGAAAAUCAUGACCUUCUGGAAAUAAUCAGCCUAGAAGAUAAUAAGAUUGCAGAGUUGAGUGAAUUAAAACACAUUGAAAACCUGCCACUUCUUCGGGUGCUCAAUCUUUUAAAAAACCCUCUUCAGGAGAAAACCGACUAUCGGCUCUUUGUCCUUUACACAUUGCCUCGACUAACAGAAUUAGAUCGAAAGAAGAUUAAAGUGGAAGAAAAGGUUGGAGCAUUGAACAAGUAUAACCCUCCCCCUGAAGUAGUCGCCGCUCAAGAUCAUCUGACCCACAUUGCAAACAGCAUGAUGCAGCCUCAGAGGAUCUUUGACAGCACCUUGCCUAGCCUCGAUGCCCCUUACCCCAUGCUGGUAUUAGUUGGUCCACAAGCCGGAGGGAAACGUGAACUUGCUCACCGUCUCUGCAGGCAAUUCAGUACUUUCUUCAGACAUGGUGCCUGUCACACCACAAGACUUCCCUACUUUGGGGAAGGGGAUCGAGUUGAUUAUCAUUUUGUUUCUCCUGAAGUUUUUGAUGAAAUGGGAUACUUGGGAAAAUUUAUUUUGACAUAUCAAUAUAACAAGAAUAAUUAUGGACUAAGUAGGGAUACUAUAGAAGGCAUUGCAAGAGAUGGUCUGGCAAGCUGUGUUCAUUUGGAAAUUGAGGGCGUGAGAAGUUUGAAACAUUCCUACUUUGAGCCUCGAUAUAUCCUGCUAGUGCCAAUGAACAAAGAAAAAUAUGAAGGGAAUUUGCGGAGAAUGGGGCUCUUCAGUCGUUCAGAGAUUGAAUUUUCUGUCUCGAGAGUUGAUUAUUAUGUUAGAAUAAAUCAAGAAAAUCCAGGUUACUUUGAUGCAUUGAUCAAUACAGAUGAUAUAAAUCUUGCAUACCAGAAACUGUGUAAGCUCAUUAGACAAUACCUUGCUGUGUCUGACCAGUUUGACAACAUCAUACCUGGCACUGAAGAUACUAACAAGGAGAUGCUUAACAGGAGAUCACCAGAAAAUGAAAAAUAUUUCUGGCACCUUUCUUCGAAUGCUCUUUUCAGUGACUUUCUGGACUCUACAGACAGAAAUUAUGUUAUUAGCUUAUCAGCCAAACUUUCAGCAGAAGAAAUACCAGCGGAAAUCAUUUCUAUGCAGAAACGACGUGAGGCAGCUCGGCAGGCCCUAAUGGGAAAGGUUCCUCCAGAUUGCACCAUCCUGUUUCAAAGGGGUCCAGUACCAACCCCAUUGUCGGCCAUUGCCCAUCUAGACCGAACCUCACCUACAAGAGUGUGGUCUAAAGAUAGGUUUGCUGAGGACAGCAACCUUACUCCCCCACCAUGCUUUGCUGAAGGAGUCAGUUACAGAGACUCAUUUGCCACGUCUAAAGCUCCUGCAUUAUCAUCAUUUGCUCAUUUCCCUAAAGAGGCAUCUCACAUGACUGACAUCUCAAGUCCUAUAAAAUCAGAUGUGUCAAAAGCUUUUCUUGCAGUAGAAACAACGAAAGAACAGUUAAUUAAACCUUCAUUUGAAUCAUCUGAGAGAAAGCUCAGAGUAAGACCCACCGGAUACCAAUCCACCAUCCAGCCAGGUUCCAACACCAAAGUCAUCCUCCCUCCCAUACCACAAUGCCGAAAAUAGGCCAGUGCCGAAUGUCUGCCUUCAAGAGGAAAAAAUUGCUUCGCUCAUGCCCAAGCCUUCUAUCUAACCUGGCUACUGAUUCUAACUUUAUCUUCCCCAGCCAGAUGCCUACAAAAGAAUGCUCCAUGUGCCUUUAGUACUCUCAAUCAGUCUCUUUAUAACUCUCUGAAUAGCUUCUGUCUUUUCAAAAGAAAAAUGUGAUUUAUUUUUAGCUUCAAAAAAUGACAUUUCAGUUUUCUCCAUAGCUAUAAAUGAUUUUCCCAGCUGUUUCUUGCUUUGAAAUGUCACAGAGAGCAGAAAUCUCCUAAGAUCCAUGUGAUGAUAUGUUCAUGGUGAUUUUAAAAUAUUUUUAGAACUACACUUAGGGGCCAGCCUUAAGAUUUUCUACUUGCCCUUUUGUAAUAUUGGUAGAUAUUCUAUAAUAAAUUAUUGUCCUGUUUAGAUUAAGAAAGGAUUGGGGAAUUAUACAUUAU